UAAAAAGAUUACGGGGUACAUAAUAUAUUUGCUGUCAAAUGUGAUGCGCGGAUGCGCGUUACCCUUAGUUACGAAGCGAACUCGACCAAUCAGAGCAGACAUGCGCAGAAUAAACAAAAACUCGUCGUUUGACGAGUAUGAUCUACCGUGAAACGAAUAAUAAUGGAUUUUAUUCGUCAUGCUGGUGAAUUUUCUUUUUGAAAGCAGUAAAAAUAUUAAAGUGAUUUUAAGUCUGAGCAUUUGGCCAUACUGAUGGUCUGGUCAAAGAACUCGAUGAUCAUCGAAUAUACACAGAAGUGUCAAUGCGAAGAACUGUCAAACUUAGAAAAAGACGUGUCGUGUAAUGAAUUUGCGUUUUAGUUAAAAGAAAUAAUUGUUGUUAAAAGAUAUAAUUAAUAGAAUUUUAAUUGUGCGUGAAAGUAAUAUCGUAUUCGGCGUUAAUUCUCAUUGUUUACUUAAAUUUUAAAAGAGUUACAUAGAUGUAAGCGCGUGUAUGUGAUAUAUAACCUAAAAAUGCUAUAUAUAGUUCCGAAUAUAAUUUGAGUUUUUUUCAUAUACCUACGUUCUUUAAUUUACUAUAUCUUUUAAUGAUAUUGCUUGUGCGAUAUUAUGAAAGUACACAAUGGAGGUUUCGGAGACAAGAAACCUUGUUAGAGACUUAGAUUUAACCUUACAACCUCGUAUUGUCCCGCGAUAUAAGACUUGGCUUCCACUUGCUACUCAGCAGCUAAGGUUCAGAAACCUUAUACAAAUAAUAGGAUGUAAUUUAAAAGGAAAUGUAAAUAAUGAAGUUUGUUGGUUUUAUUAUACUCUACAUAGAACAAGUAUGUCUUCACCUUUAUACACAAGUGAAGCAAUUGAUAACGCAAAUCCAAGAUGGUCCAGUCUCGAAGUACCAACUAUACAUGCCACCGGCUAUUCUACUGCCAGUGAAAUUAUUAUAAGACUAUGGAAAAGGACAAUUGUGGAUAAUGUAACCAAUGACAUAACUGUAUUUACAUGGGGCAUAUCUUUUACUGGCUUGGCAUACAUUGGUCCAAAAUUACCAAAUAAUUUAGAAACUGUUUUAAAUGAAAAUUCUUUAAUUUUUCAAUUUCAUGGUGGUUUUUUUACUCCAGUAUAUUGUUUUGUUGAAACUCCUGAAUUAAAAAGAUACUUACAUAUAAAAGUAAAUACAUCUGAAAUAAAAGAUACUUAUACUGUGAGUAAACUGAGCAGUUUAAGAAAUAAAAUGCAAGCACUAAAACAACAAACAGAAUCAGUGCAAGCACUUAGAAUGCGAAUAGCUUCUGGAGAUAAUUUUCAUACCCCAAAAUAUCCUCAAUCUUCGUUAAAUAGAUUAUUUCAACCUCGUAAAGUAAAUAGAGAAAAAAAAGCUGAGAUACUAAAAAUACGUAAAGAAUUAGAAAUGGCAAAAUUUAGAACAAAAUUAUUAGAACAAGAAAGAGCAAGAAAAAUGGGAGAAUUAAGAGUGUUAAAUCAAAUGCAUUCUAAUAUUUUGGAAGAAAAUCAAGAUUAUGGUUCAGAUUUGAUGGAGAGAUACAGGGAACUUAACAAAGAUAUUGAAAAAUUACAUGAAUGGCGACAAAUACAAAUGGAUACAAGAGAAACAUAUGUUCAGUUGAGUAGUCAACUUGCUCACAGAAGAAGACAAUUAAUUUCAGAGCUAAGUUUAAUAUAUCCUAUUUCUCAGGAUGGAAAUGGAAAAUUUAAAAUACACGAGGUUUACUUACCUGAUAGUGAGGACUUAGAACUAUCAAAUGAUAUUGAAGUUGCUGUAGCACUAGGAUUCGUUGCACAUACUACACAAAUGAUUGCUAGCUUUCUUAAUAUACCUACUAGGUACCCUAUUAUACAUUGUGGAUCACGUAGUAAAGUUAUAGAUCAUAUUACAGAGAAUUUACCUGAUAAUGAGAGACAGUUUCCAUUAUUUGCGCAAAGUAAAGAUAAAUUACGAUUUCGUUAUGCCGUUUACUUAUUAAAUAAAAAUAUAGCCCAGUUAAGAUGGUAUUGUGGCCUUCCAACAACAGACCUGAGGGCAACCCUUCCAAAUCUUGCUAAUCUAAUAAACAUUAAACCAAAUCAAUCUUAUUUGGACAAUUCAAAACGAACAUACUCUACUUCAUCUCUAGACAUCGAGAUUGGAAAUGGCAAACAAAGUAUAACACCACCAAUACAAAAAAUAAUUUUUGAAAAAUGCCAUCGAUCAUCACGAUCUAUGAGUCAACUAAAGAAUAUAAAAUCUUCUCUUGGGUCUUCGCUGGAUCAAGGUUUAGAUAAACCUGUACAAUCUCUUGUGUUAGGCAGUCAAUCAAAACGAAUUUGCAAAUCAGAAGAAAGUGCCAUUGAUAAUAAAACAUUGGUACUAGCUAAAGAUAGAUCAAGUAAUAGCAGUAAUGAAACGCUAAAUAAUGAAAUAGGAAAUAAUAUCGAAAUUAUGAUACCCACAUCGGUUUCUAAGUCAACUAAUGUCACCGAUAGUUUUGAAGGAUCAGUGAGUGUAAGAGACAGAAGUUCCAAUUCCAUAAGUAGCUGCGAAAUGGCACUUAAUAGCAGUCAAAACGAAGAUGACAGUUCAAAUGAUAACAAUGCAAUUAAGAAAGAUGAAACUCCGGAAUCUAUUUCAGUUACUAAUGAAAUUUUAAAAAACGUAAAUGAUGUUAUAGAUAAUGCUUUAAAAAAUGGAAAACAUAAUGAAGAUUAUAAUUCAGGAAAUGAAGUUUCACAAGAUUCUGACAACUCUACAAUGACAACUAGUAAACAAAAUUAUGAUUUGUAUGAGCAAACAGCAAUUGCUACAGAAACCAAAACAUAUAAUAAGGAAUAUUUUGCGAAGUCGUGUUUGUCUUUAGAUGAUAUAAUGUCUUCUACUUAUGAAGAAAGUGAGCAAAAACAAAGAACAAGUUCUAUAUGUAGUUAUCCAGAAGAGUAUCUUUUGUCAAAAGAUAUGGUACAAAAACGAUACAAUUCGGAAUUAAAAAAAGGCAAAGCAGAUUCUUUACAUUCUAAGAACUGGUGCUAUAAUGAUGUAAAUAAAGAAUCAGUAUUGGAAACGGGAUUAAUACAAAAAGCACACAAGUCAGAUUGUUACUCAUAUGAUGAAACGGACAAAUGUGAUUUUCAAACAUCAAGCGAAUAUAUAGACACUAUUAAACGUAGUUCAGAGAAUGUAUAUGCACGCACUGAAGCUUUAGCUAAUAAGAAAACCAGUUUUAAAGUUAUGAAACCACGACUGUAAUAUUUGCGUUUUAGAAUACAAAACAGCGCUGUUAUUGCUCUAAUAGUUAAUAUCUAAAUACACCAAAUUCAAAAGUGAAAAUAGUUAAUGCCAUGUCGUGCGUAGAAAAAGUUGCAGCUAAUAUAAAGUUUGUUAUUGUGUAAAAAUUCAAAACAAAAGGCUUCUAUACAUUAUUUUCCAAAAACAUGGAUAUUUCAAUUUUAUCUAUUAUAUAACUUAUGCGUUUCGUUUGAUAGGAAUCAAUUUGUUGAUUAUAUCACAAAUAUCUGUUAUCAAUUUGUACUGUACAAUACCUAUCUUAAAAUUUUAAGAAAAUUCGAGAUACAGUAUGAUAGAUACACGUUCCAAAUAGUAUUUAUGUACGUGCAAUACAAUUGGAUGUGCGUAUUAUGUGUUUAAUUUUUAUGCAUGCGUACGCGCGGGCGUGUGUGCGAUGUUGAUGCAAUUAAUAGCUGUGCUUUGUAUUCAUUACACAAUAACAUAAAUUUAUUGAUUAAAAUGCUCAUAUAAAAGAAUUUCAUAAUGAUUCCUACAUAUGAUAUCAAGAUUAGCAUACGUUUAUAUUUUUUUAAUUGUGAUAUUACAAUGUAAAGCUGGUAUUGUUAGUAUUCCUGUGUACUGGCAAUAUCGUUAAGUUUACGUAACAUUCAUGUAAUUCAAAAUACUAUUUGUAUAUAUAUAUUUAAAUAGAUUUCAAUAUACUUGAAAUGAUUCAAUUCAAA